ACAAUUCUUGUGGGGGCCCGGCCCCAGGCUGUGCCACCUCGCCCUGACCUUGCAGGCCCAGAGGGUGGUGAAGGCAGGUCCCGGCAUUAGCCUGCUGUGACCCAGCACGGCCCAGUGCUGUGAAGACUCCCUGGCCGAGUGGGGGCAGGGCCAGUGUGUCGAUGUGGCCCUGAUGCUAGCACACCCUGGCCAUUAUGGUCUCAGCCUCAGGGGAGGAGCCCCUCCCCCGCCGGAAAAGGAGACUAGGCGGGGCAGGGAUCAGCCCCAGCCCCUGCGCUUGGUUACCUAGGCAACUAAAGAAACCUGCUGGGCACCAGUAUGGCCCUCCGUGAUUGGCUCCAGCGGUGAGGGCGGAGGCGGGAGCUCGUUGGCCGACGAGGCUGCUGAUUGGCUGCGGCGGAGCGCCUUCCUGUCGGCUGUGAUUGGUGUGUGGAAGCUGUCGGGGGGGCUCGGCUGAGCUGGAGGCGGGAAGGCUCGAAGAAACUGACGCGCGGGUGGAGUUGCCCCCGGCUCUCUGAGGUAGAGUCCUUCCUGCGAGAUUGUUUAUGAUGGUGUUGCGUAUACCAAUCGUUAUGAUGGCCUUUUGAUGGUGGUCCACUGAGACUGUGACCUUUCAGUUAGGGAAUUCAUCAGUGAAAGGGAUGUUGCUAAAUUUGGUCCCAAAUUUUAACUUUGUAAAAAGAAGUUUUUUGUAUAACCUAUGACCUGUGGGAAUUGUUUUCUCAACCUUAAAAAAAUAUAGUGAAGAGUUAUUUUUCAACAAGCUACCCUAUAUUUCCCCUCAGUGUUUGAAAUCCAAACAUUGCAGCUUUUGAACAUGAAACUGACUAUAUACCAUUUUCAACUUUUACUUUUCAUUGUCCAAAGUGAGAGAUGUGCAAAAAGUUAUCACUGUAAAUAGUGACAGACAUAAAUUUGAAAUAAAUAAGGGAAAAGAACCCUGACAAUGUCUUUGGUAGUGUCAGAAUAUACCAUUGGUGGGGUGAAGAUUGUCUUUCCUUGCAAGGCUUACCCUUCACAGCUUGCUAUGAUGAAUGCAAUUGUUAAGGGGUUAAAUUCCAGGCAACAUUGUUUGUUGGAGAGCCCCACAGGAAGUGGUAAAAGUUUGGCGUUACUUUGUUCUGUAUUAUCAUGGCAGCAGUCUCUGCAUGAGAAGUCACUGGAUGAGUUCUCAUGUGAAAAGGAGUGCAAAAAACCAGAGACUUCAUUGCCAUGUCACUGUAGAUGCCAUUCGCAGGCUGUGGCUAAUGACACUACUGCAGAUGUGAACCGAGGUGCUUCUUGUUCUUUCACUACUUGUAAAGCAGCAACCUCCGUAAAAAGUGAAACACCAUCAACAGACAAAGUAAUGAAUACUCCUGCUACAGAACAUAAUACAAAAGUCACACUGUCUUCAAAAUUAUCUGCAAAGAAAUGGGCAUCUUUACAUGCAGAUGAAAAUGACGACUUUCAAGUAGACAGGAAAAGGAUACGUUUAUUAGAAACUGAGCAGCAGGUAAGAAAACGUCAUUGUUUUGCAAAAGGAGUGCAGUUUGUCGAUGCUUUGGAAGUUUAUCAACAGCGAAGAAAUGGGGAACUGACUGUUCACUCAGAAAAAAUUGCUGCUUUCUCUCCAAAAACAUCUCCUGGCCUCUGUACACAGUGUUCCUGUUCUUCUGUAAAAGAAAAUGGUAAAAAUGUUAGUUAUGCAAAGAGGAAGGAAAAUGGAGGAAAGCCACACAUCCCCAAAAUAUUUUUUGGAACUCGAACACACAAGCAAAUAGCUCAGAUUACUAGAGAGCUGCAGAGGACAGUAUACUCCAGUGUCCGUAUGACAAUUCUUUCCAGCCGGGAUCAUACCUGUGUUCAUCCAGUGGUAUCGAGAAGUAGUAACAGGAAUGAAAAAUGUGCAGACUUGCUGGAAGGAAAAAAUAGCGGGUCCUGUGUUUACUACCAUGGUGUGCAUAAAAUUAGUGAACAUCAUGCUCUACAGUUUGCGCGUAAGAAGUGUCAGGCUUGGGACAUAGAAGAUCUAGUAAGCCUGGGAAAGAAGCUACGUGCAUGUGCCUAUUUUGCAGCUCGAGAACUCAUGGUGGGGGCAGAUAUUGUAUUUUGUCCUUACAACUACCUGCUGGACCCACAAAUAAGAGAGAGUAUGGAGAUUAACCUAAAAGACCAAGUAGUCAUUUUAGAUGAAGCUCAUAAUAUUGAAGAUUGUGCACGGGAGUCAGCCAGUUAUAGUGUUACAGAAACACAGCUGAGAUUUGCUCGAGAAGAACUUGAUACCAUGGUCGUCAACAACAUCAGACGGAAGGACCAUGAUCCCCUGCGGGCUGUGUGCUACAGUCUGAUGAAUUGGCUACAGGAAAGCUCUGGUCAACUUAAAGAAAGGGGAUAUGAAACCUCCUGUAAAGUUUGGAGUGGAAAGGAAAUGCUCACCAUUUUGCACAAUAUGGGAAUAACAAAUGCUACAUUUCCUAUCCUGCAGAAACAUUUUGCUGCUGUCCUUGAAAAAGAAGAAAAAGUAUCGAAUCUUCAUGGAGGAGAUGAGCUUAUUGAGGUUCCUAUUGUGAGCCCUGCCACUCAGAUUAUGCUAAAAGGGCUAUUCAUGGUUCUACUAUAUCUUUUUAAAGAUAACAACAGAUUUGCAGAUGACUACAGAGUUGCUUUGCAACAAACAUAUGUUUGGACAAAUGAAAAGCAACUUGAUAUUCCAGAUAAAAAUGCUUUCUUUGCACAACCAAAACAUCAGAGGAGUUCACGGCAGAAAACAGCAGUCCAUACGCUUAACUUUUGGUGCUUGAAUCCAGCUGUGGCCUUUUCAGAUUUAAGUGGUAAUGUCAGGACAAUUGUUCUCACGUCUGGUACGCUCUCUCCAAUGGACUCAUUUUCUUCAGAACUUGGUGUGAAGUUUACUAUCCAACUUGAGGCAAAUCAUGUUAUUCGUAACUCUCAGGUUUGGGUUGGCACCAUUGGGGCAGGCCCCAAGGGUCGGAAGCUGCAUGCCACAUUCCAGCAUACAGAGACCUUUGAAUUCCAGGAUGAAGUGGGAGCACUUCUGCUUUCUGUGUGUCAAACUGUUGACCAAGGGGUCUUAUGCUUUUUGCCAUCUUAUAAAUUGCUGGAUAAAUUAAAAGAUCGCUGGAUGCACACUGGUUUAUGGAGAAACUUGGAGCUGGUUAAGACAGUCAUUGCAGAGCCUAAAGGAGGAGACAAGGCUGACUUUGAUGCACUGCUCCAAUUAUACUAUGAUGCAAUAAAAUAUAAAGGAGGAAAAGAUGGAGCACUUCUGAUAGCAGUAUGCAGAGGUAAAGUUAGUGAAGGCUUGGAUUUCUCUGAUGACAAUGCCCGUGCUGUUAUAACUAUUGGUAUUCCAUUUCCAAAUGUGAAAGACCUUCAGGUUGAGUUAAAGAGGAAAUACAAUGACCAGCACUCAAAGACAAGAGGCCUUUUACCAGGUAGCCAAUGGUAUGAAAUUCAAGCUUAUAGAGCUCUCAACCAGGCACUCGGCAGGUGUAUUCGUCACAAAAAGGAUUGGGGUGCUCUUAUGUUAGUUGAUGACCGCUUCAGGAGUAACCCUAAUAAAUACAUAACUGGAUUAUCCAAAUGGAUUCGUCAACAAAUCCAGCACCAUGAGAACUUUAGUACUGCACUCGAUUCGUUGGAUGCAUUUGCUAAAAAAAAUCAAGUGGGCGCCAGUUCUUCAACCCAGUGUAAUAGUGAAUCUCUGCUCAUACAUUCAAGUUCAAAAGAUCUGUCACCAACUUCGUCAUAUGAGGCAUCUAUUCAUCUAUCACCAGAUGUUCCUGUUGAAAGUAAGGUGCAGAAUUUGGUCCUGGAAGCUCAUUCACCCACAGCAAUCAACACAGUUAAUUCUACAGCAUCCAGUCAAUCAAGUAACAGCAUGGGAACAAAGAAAAAUGGUCAGAAUUUUGGUGUAGAAAAUCAUUCUCACCGAACAGUGUGGAGAGAAAAACAGAUGGAUUCCAAACCAAAAAGUCCUGCCCUCAAAAAAGAAAGAGAGAAAAGGAAUAGUUGGACUAACGCUGACCUUAUGAAACAAUACUUCAGCAAUAAGCCAGUGACUUCAACACCUCUGCCUGUGAAUGAAAAGAAAUCCAUCUCCAAAACCAUGGACAAACAAAAAAGGAGUACUAUUGAAUCUAGUCAGCCUGUUGUUAAUGGAUGCCAGUGCCAGUCGUCAUUGCUAACGGAACAUACACCGAGUGGACCGGCAUUACAACUGGAAACAACUAGUUCCUCAAUAAAAAAGGGUGAGGCUGCAGCUACUGAAGAAUAUCCUGCUUCACAGCAACUCUGCACUAGUGGAGUCAUAGAUCAAUGCAUUGAGUUAUCUCCAGUAAGAGGAAAAAUUGAACUUUCAACGUUAAAUGUAGCCAUAGAAGCAGAAGCUGAGGAUGACAGUAUCUAUUUUACACCUGAACUUUAUGAUGAUAUAGAAUCAGAGGAACAGCAAAUUGAACCAUUAAUUCAGACUUGUAAUAAUACUGUGAAUCAGAAUGAACAUGGAGCUUGCAUUGUAGCUGAAGAUCUUUUUGAAAUCAGUACUUCAAAAGCAGUAAGCUCAACUAAAGAAAUAAAAAGUAAUGAUAACAUGAACACAGAGUUAGCUAUAAUAGUGCAAAAUGACAAGAUUAAGGGUAAUACAGUUAGUGAUGCUGAAAGUAUUACUAGAGUAGGAGAAGUGGAACAGAAAAUAUAUCAGGAAAUGGACACCAGAAAAAAGAAAAGUAAACUUUCCAGAUCACGAAACAAAGGUGUGUCUUCCUUCUCAUUGAGCAAUACUAGUCCAUAGCUACCAUGUUUUACAGGAAAUUUAGAAAUUAACUUCAUUAUGAAUCACUUAUAUUUCUGGUAGGCUUUUUUAUUGACUACGUAACCUCACUAGUAGAGAAAUGGUGGAAUUGUACUUUCUUUUUAUCUCUGUUAUCAGAUUUGAUUUUUUUUUUUAUUUUGCAUAUGCAAAUAAUACUGCUCUGCUGUUUUCUUCAGGGUUCAUUAAGAUUCUUCUUCACAAUGUAUGGCUGAAGAGCCAGACAAGACCCAGGGAAUCAUAAAUUGUAGACCCAAUAGUACUGUACCUGAAACUAUAGGGUGAGGACGAGGUUGAUCUGUUGUCGAUUUGAAUUCAUCUGGUGUUGAGCACUAGCAAGCAAUUGCUGUUUAGCCCCCAAUAAAAAUAAAACUUGAAGCAGAUACAAUUCUGUGCAUUUAUGUUAGAUUUAAAAAAAUUAAUAUACAGAAUAGGCACAUUCCUUGAGCACCAGGUAAUUUACAAGAGCAACCCGAGAUUCCCAAAUUAGGGGAGCCAUUUUCCAUUCCUUCAAGUCUUUCCUCACAAAAAGAACAUAUCUGCAGAUGAGUAGUAUUGAGAAGACAGCUUGAAAGUUGAUGGUAGUAAUAACAUUAUUACGUAUUCUUCCUUUGUUUCAUGUGUAAAUAGAAAGUUGAAGUAAGCUAAUAUCACUGACAUCUCUUCAAAAUUUACUGCUUUGAUGAUCUUUUUAUUUCAAACAUUUUUGUUGAUUACGUUGGGCUAAAUUUUGGUCCUACUGACUUCAGUGGGACCAGAGUUUGGGCCAUUAUUACAUAGUGAAAACCAGAGCAAAGAGAGUUAAUGUUACAAAGUAAAGCAAUAACUUCUAUUAAACAUUUAAAGAACACAAAAUUUGGAAUAAUUAUUUCCAGGGCUUCACAUGUAUCCCAGGUUAACAUGGUGAAUUAACAAUUUGACAUUGAAGAUUAAUGCAGAAGGAAGGAUUUUGCUGCUAUGAAACAUUGUGACACAUAUGGUUGAGAAAACUAGUUUUUGUUCCUCUUUUUAUAUUAAUGAAGUACAUUUUGGGGAAAAAAUCCUGGGACAAUGUAAAGUAUUUUUGUGGACAUUUAUGUAUUAGUCACGCGAGUUCAGUUGGAAUUGCACAUGUGAUGUUUUCUUUAAAAAUCAGACUAAAUAAUGUACAUUUUCUUGCAUCAAGUAUUGUGAAUUAAACAGCUUCUUUUCUUUCUAUAUUAAAUAUUGCUUUAAAAAGAUGAGCUCUUAUAUUUGCAAGUAUGGUAAAAGAUGGAUAGAAUAUUAAAUCUCUUUUGCAUUAGCCUCGGA